AAUGCGGGCAGUGCCCCCUAUCCCUGCCGGAAGGGAUUAGAGCAAGGAGGCAGCGACAGCCCCUAAACAGAAGAUGGAGAUGGAAAGGCUCAUCAAGGUGCUGGCCGAGACUCAGCAGCAGCAGCAGCAACAACUCAUACAGCAGCUGAGUACCCACCAGCAGCAGUUGCUUCAAACCUUGGGGGCCCAGCACCGCGAACAACAGACCCAAUGUUUCCAGCAACUUGCCGCCCUGUGGCCGAGUCCCGGUGGAGCCCAGCCGGGUGGGGUGACCACCCCCAACCCGCCUGCUCCACCAAUCCGUCUGGCCAAGAUGGGGCCUGAGGAUGACCCAGAGGCUUACCUGGUGACCUUCAAGUGGGUUGCUGCAGUAGCUGGUUGGGCGCCGGACCAAUGGGCCACCCUGCUUGCCCCCUAUCUAACGGGGCCGGCCCAGAAGUCUUACCGGGGGCUACCAGACGAUGAAGCCCGUGUUUGCGCCAGAGUAAAAGCGGCUAUCCUGGAUGUCUUCGACGUCACCCCGGAAACUUUUCGGCGAUGGUUUUGGGGAAAGCUUUACCCCCCGGGUGCCCGGCCCCGGGCUGUGGCACAGGAAUUAAAGGAUGCAGCGUGCCGAUGGCUACAACCCGAGCAUCGAACUGUGGCUGAGGUGACAGAACAGAUCAUCCUCGAGCAAUUCGUGCACAUCCUUCCGACUCCAGGGAGGGCAUGGGUGUUGCGGCACCGACCUCAAACUCUAAGUGCAGCGGUCACACUUAUGGAGAACUUUCUAGAGGCCGAGGCCCCGAUAGGGCCGACCGCCCGACCCCCAAGCUCUGGACCCGGCGCUCAGAAGCCGGAAAGGGGGUCCACCCCCAAAGUCAAUGUGCCAGCUCGAGCCAGACGACCAAACGGCGGCGGCACUACUUUUCCCCGACGGCCCGAGGCCCCACAACCCGCACCGUCCGGACAUUUGGCCCGUCCAUCGGGCCCCGGCCAACCCCGCGGCCACCCGGGUGACCCUGCACGGCCGGGGCGCACAGAGGUAGGACCUUGCUUUCAGUGUGGGAAGUACGGCCACCUGCAACAAGACUGUACGGCGAUGGAAUGCGAUUUUGGCCGGGUGUACACCGGGGAGCGCCGGGUCCGCCCACCAUCCACGGCCAAACUGACGGCCCCCAUGAGCAUCGCCGGGACACCUGUUUUGGGUCUAGUUGAUUCGGGCUGUGGGCAGACUCUUGUCCGCCAGUCCGUCCUCCCGGACACCGAGCAGAUCAUCGGGGAGGUACGGAUACAGUGCAUACAUGGAGAUGUGAAACCGUACCCCACAGUGCAGGUCCCUCUCACGGUAGACGGGGCAACUCAGUUAAUGAAUGUGGCUGUGGCCCCAUCCCUUGCCUACCCAAUCAUCCUGGGCCGGGACUGGCCAGAAUUCGUCGAGGUGCUCCGGUCCCUAUCUCUGGAAGAGGCUUUCGAGGGAGCCCCCUCUGCGAUGGACCCAGGCCCCGGGCGGAGCCCCGACCCCGGCCUUGACCCAUCCCUUUCACCCAGGCAGGAUGGCCAGGAAACAGGGGGCCCCCCGGUGGACAUUAGGGACUUUAGCCGAGACCAAAGGGAGGACCCUACACUCCGGUUUGCCUAUGAACAGCUGGCACGGGUAGAGGGGAAGGUCGUGGAGGCCCAGCGGGCGACCCAAUGGCCUAGAUUUGAACUUGAUCGGGAUCGUCUCUACCGCGUGGAGCGGGACCCGCAAACUCAAGAGGUCCGGACCCAACUUGUGGUUCCCCGCAUUCAUCGACGGGCGGUCCUAAAGCUAGCCCAUGACAUCCCAGCCGCAGGCCAUUUAGGACCGGAGAAAACUGCGGCUAGGGUCCUGGCCAAGUUCUUCUGGCCCGGCAUCCACCGCGAAGUGAAGGAUUAUUGUGGGUCAUGCCCGGACUGCCAACGCGCCGCCCCGGCCGGGGUCCGGAAGGCCCCCCUGGUUCCAUUGCCAACAGUGGGCAUUCCGUUUGAACGAGUAGCGAUGGACCUGGUCGGACCCUUCCCGAAAAGUCAGGCGGGCUACCAGUAUAUCCUUGUCUUGAUGGACUACGCCACCCACUUCCCUGAGGCUAUCCCCUUAAGGAGUAUCACUGCCCGCACUAUCGCGGCAGAGCUCGUGAAGAUCUUCGCCAGGGUAGGCCUCCCUCGAGAGUUACUUACUGACCAAGGGACCAACUUCACCUCUAAGUUGUUCCGUCAAGUAUGUGCCCUGCUGGGGAUUAAGAAACUGCAGGCCUCAGUUUACCAUCCCCAGACAGAUGGGUUAGUCGAACGUUUUAGUCGAACCCUGAAGGGCAUGUUGCGACACUUCCCCACCCAGGACCUCCGUCAGUGGGAUCAACUACUUCCCCCUUUACUACUGGCGGUCCGGGAAGUUCCACAGGCUUCCACGAAGUUCUCUCCAUUUGAGCUCCUCUAUGGGCGACGGCCCCGCGGAGUGAUGGACCUCCUGAGAGAAACUUGGGAACAUACACCAUCCUCAACGCAGGGCCUUUUACAAUACGUCCUGCAGCUGCAGGAGCGGCUGGCCCGGGCAGGUGAACUCGCAAAGGAAAACUUAAACACGGCCCAAAGGGGCCAGGAGCAGCAAUAUAAUCGGGACACCCAGGUCCGAUUAUUUGCCCCUGGGGACCGAGUUCUCCUCCUGCUCCCCUCGGAGGAAUCAAAGCUGUUUGCCCGCUGGCAGGGUCCGUAUGAAGUCCUUCGCCAAGUGGGGCCUGUCAAUUACGAAAUCCGGCAGCCUGAUCACCGAAAGGGAAAGCAGAUUUAUCAUGUAAGUCUUUUAAAACCCUGGCGGAAACGGGAAGGACUACUAAUUGCCCCGUACCCACCUGAACCUGACCUUGGGCCACAACCCCCCGAAGACUCUGAUAAUGGGGAACCCCAGCUGGCCGAGACGCUCACUGCUGAGCAGCGGGAACAGGCCCUCUGCUUAGUGAAGGCAUUCCCCAGGACCUUCACCACGAAGCCCGGACAGACUACGCUCGCCUACCAUGGAAUCCAGACCGACCCCGGUGUGGUGGUCCGAGAAACGACCCGGCCAUUGCCUAGGCGAAUGCGAGAGGCUGUGGAGGAGGAAGUCCAGGCCAUGUUGGAACUGGGGGUUAUAGAGCAUUCCCAGAGCGAAUGGCGGAGCCCCGUCGUCCUCGUUCCGAAGCCAGAUGGGAGCCGGCGGUUUUGUAUUGACUUUCGGAGAGUCAACGCCAUUUCAAAGUUUGAUGCGUAUCCAAUGCCCCGUGUCGAUGAGCUCCUUGACCGGCUGGGAGAAGCCUGCUAUAUCACCACCUUAGAUCUCACCAAGGGGUACUGGCAGAUCCCCUUGGAACUCCGAUCCAAGGAGAAGACUGCGUUUGCCACCCCUUCAGGCCUGUACCAGUUUACUCGGAUGCCUUUCGGCCUCCAUGGGGCCCCAGCAACCUUCCAGCGCUUGAUGGACCAGCUUUUGCAACCUCACACCAAGUACGCCUCCGCCUACCUGGAUGAUGUGGUCAUCUAUGGCAGUAACUGGGAGGAACAUCUCAACUAAGUGGCGGCUGUCCUCAGGGACCUCCGCGCCGCCGGCCUC